AUGGCAUCCACGUGUCGUGCGUGUCUUCCGCCUAUGUUCUCGGCAGCAGCAGACGGCUCCCCUCCGAACCCUAAUUGGGAGAUCGACUUCGACUGGCUGAGUGACGAGAACCAAAUCGCCAUGGCGCGAUUCGCCGUGGCGCAGCACAACGCCGCCAAGUCACUCCCUUCCCUUCAUUCUUCAACGCUUCCCCUUUUCUUCUCCCCGUCUCCCCUUCCUCCUUCUCCCCUUCUCUCCUUCUAUUUUCCCCUCUUCCCCUUCUCCCCUACUCCCCUUCUCUUCUCCCCUCCUUCCCUUCUCCCCGUCUCCCCUUCUCCCCGUCUCUCGCCUCUCCACGCCAGAACGACAGCCUACAGCCAGUCGGUGUUCUCUAUGUGGAGCGCGCAGACAUUGCCAGCGCAGGCAAUGGCAGCGCAGGCAAUGGCAGCGCAGGCAAUGGCAGCGCAGGCAAUGGCAGCGCAGGCAAUGGCAGCGCAGGCAAUGGCAGCGCAGGCAAUGGCAGCGCAGGCAAUGGCAGCGCAGGCAAUGGCAGCGCAGGCAAUGGCAGCGCAGGCAAUGGCAGCACAGGCAAUGGCAGCACAGGCAAUGGCAGCACAGGCAAUGGCAGCGCAGGCAAUGGCAGCGCAGGCAAUGGCAGCGCAGGCAAUGGCAGCGCAGGCAAUGGCAGCACAGGCAAUGGCAGCGCAGGCAAUGGCAGCGCAGGCAAUGGCAGCGCAGGCAAUGGCAGCGCAGGCAAUGGCAGCGCAGGCAAUGGCAGCGCAGGCAACUCAAGCGCGGGCGGGGAGGAGUACCUUCACGCGGGAGGAGCAGGAGGCGGCGCUCAGGCACGUGGUGCCGGUGACCCCCCCUCCGUGUGGCGACCUGUUGACUUUCGUUGACUCCUCAGAUGUGGACGUGCAGCGAGUGGCACGAGAGGCGGUUGCGAGUGCGAAUAAGAGACAGGGAAGCGCGCUCCUGCUGAUUUCGGUGGUGGAGGCACAAGUGUUGGUGCCGUCAUACAGAUACAGAGAGUACAAUUUCACACUGCUGGCAGCAGAUGAGGGCACCGGCAUGGCAGCUCAUUACGCCACGCACGCUCUGGAUAACAGCAGCGGCGCCACGCCUGAUACUUCACAAGGGGGGAACGCGAGUGGGAGGGGUUUGGUGAAUGUGACGGCGUUUGCGGUGGUGCCGGGGACGCAGCGGAAUGCAACAGCGGGGGAGAUGGGCGUGGCGGCAGCAGGGGGGUGUGCCGGGAGGAAUGCGAGCAGCAGCAGCGCUGGGUGGAUCGACAACAGCGUGACUGUAACAACAGCAGCGGUGCAUGCAGCACCUGCAGCAAUGGCACCUGCAGCACUGCUGACUGCGCAUGGAACCCAAGCCAAGGCAGCAGGCGAGGGGGCAGUAGAGGAGGAAGCAAGUGGUGGUGGUGAAGGUGGUGGUGUGGCAGCCGGUGCCCUUCACAGCUCACCGCCUGGUUGA